CUCUCACUUUAAGUAGUUGUAGCAAUUACCGAUGAGACUUGCGUAUUGUAUUUUGAAUUAAAUUACGACGCCGCGAGCCUCCAGUUUCUUUCCCAUUCAUUUUCCCGGGAAAGUUUCUGUUUGGCUUGCCAGAAAAUCUCAGAGUUUCUCUCAGAAACAUAAAAGGCGCUUCGAGGCGAGCGAGUGGGACCGCAUCGGAGUCCCAACUCACAAAAACACUUCUGCGAAUUUAUGAGCACGAGAUCCCGUAAUUCGAUACAGGAGUAGUGUAGGGGGAUUUCGUGUAUGGAUCCUACUCUCAAGCUCUGCGCCUUCUUCCUCGUUCUUGUCGGAUUAGUGAACGGUUCUUUUGCGGAAAAUGAUUUUGCACAGUGCGAAAGCGUUGUUAAGAGAUGGACACGUACUUCGCUAGAUGAGGAAACGACAAAGGAGGAUAAACAUAUGCUGAGGGAUUUGCUGUUUUUCUUGCAUGUUCCUCGAACGGGAGGGAGAACGUAUUUUCACUGUUUUUUGAAAAAGUUGUAUCCCAGCUAUCUGGAGUGUCCUCGCUCUUAUGAUAAGUUGCGCUUUGAUCCAAGUAAACCAAAAUGCAGGCUGUUAGUUACACAUGAUGACUAUAGCAUGACAUCCAAACUUCCAAGGGAGAGAACUUCUGUUGUUACCAUACUUAGGGAUCCAGUUGACCGUGUAUUUAGUACAUAUGAAUUUUCAAUAGAGGUUGCAGCUAGAUUUUUGGUGCAUCCAAACUUGACCUCUGCAACAAAGAUGGCUCUACGCUUAAGCUCUAAGACUAAAGGAGUAAGCACACUGGAUAUAUGGCCGUGGAAGUAUCUCGUUCCAUGGAUGAGAGAAGAUCUAUUUGCUAGGAGAGAUGCCAGGUAUAGUAGGGGACAGAAUAUCAAUGAGAGCAAUGAUUCUUAUGACAUGGAAGAUUUUGCAAUGCCAUUACAAGAAUACAUCAAUGAUCCUGUGGCUGUGGAUGUUGUACAUAAUGGAGCCACAUUCCAGGUUGCAGGUUUGACAAACAAUUCUUAUAUAGCAGAGGCACAUGAAGUGCGCCAUUGUGUACAGAAAUACAAAACCCUUGGUAAAUAUGUGCUACAAGUUGCAAAGAAGAGACUGGAUGAUAUGUUGUACGUUGGUCUAACAGAGGAACACAGAGAAUCUGCAACGAAAUUUGCAAAUGUGGUUGGUACUCAAGUGAUAUCACAGCUCAAUGCCCCGAAGUCUAGCCUGGAAACUACUGAUAAUACAGAAAGGAGUUCAUUUUCGAAUUCUGAUCUGGAUACCAUUGAACAUCAGAAUAGCACCUUGAACAGGGAAGGAAGUGAGGUUACUACAAGUGAAGGGGGAGAAGCAACAGAAUCUAAUAUGACUGUUGGAGAACUAAUGGAUGCUUAUGAACUCUGUAUUGCCAAUUUACGGAAGGCUCAGUCACGCCGACGUAUAGCUUCCUUGAAGAGGAUUUCUCCAGUGAACUUUACAAAGGAGGCACGUCUUCAGGUUCCUGAAGAGGUUCUCCAUGAGAUACGAUCUCUUAAUGACCUCGACUUGCAGCUCUACGAAUAUGCAAGAGCCAUUUUCAAUAAACAACAUAAAACGUCGUUACUGAUUAAUGAGGAUAGUUGGGACAACUUUAGCUCUGCAUAUGGCCUCUGGAGGGUCGUUACACUAGCAAUUACUUUUGUCUUUUUCUUUUUCAUAUUCUUACUAAUUGUAAACGCGAGAAGAAGAACGUGGAAAGUUAAGAAGUGAAAGUAAUUAAUUCAUAAUUUAUGGGAUCAGAGUCUAAAAGAUAUUUUCGGGAACAUAUAUUUUAGACAAAAUUUGAUCGAUAUUCUCA